CGACCACCAUGGCGCCCUCUCGUGGUUUUACAGCCCUGCCUCCAACGCUGCACACGACGCUCGCCAACCACAAGGGUGCCGUCCACGUCGUCAGAUACGCAAAAGGGUCAGCAAAAUACGUCCUCACCGGUGGGCAGGACCGAACUGUGCGCCUCUGGAACCCCGAGCUCGGCACUGAGAUCAAGAAAUACGCCGCGCAUGGCUACGAAGUGCUCUCCGUUGCCAUUUCUCAUGAUAACGCGAAAUUCGCGUCCUCUGGGGGCGACCGCUCCGUCUUCCUGUGGGACGUCACGACAGGGACGACCAUCCGGAGGAUAGCCGGGCACAUGAGCAAGAUCUUCGUCGUAGACUUCAACGCUGACGCGAGUGUGGUUGCCAGUGGGUCGUACGACUCCACCGUCCGGCUGUGGGACCUCAAGGCGCAGAACCGACAGGCGAUCCAGGUGCUCAAUGAAGCCCGCGACGCGGUGCAGACGCUGCACGUUGGUCCUACGUACGUACUCACGGGUUCAGUGGAUGGGCACGUCCGCACGUAUGAUCUCCGUAUGGGCGAGCUCCGGAGCGACUACAUUGGACAUCCGGUCACCUCGGUCGUUCCGUCGCAAGACGGUCAGACGUACCUCGCCACGACCCUCGACGCGCACGUCCGGCUCAUGGACGCCUCCACCGGGAAGAUGCUCAACGACUUCCAGGGCGCGACCAUAUCCUCUUACCGCUGCCGGGCAUGCUUCGGCCACGGAGAAGCUAGUGUCGUCUGUGGAGACGAAGCGGGGAAGGUCUGGGCGUGGGACUUGCUGGAUGCUGCUCCUCUACAACCGAAUCCACCACCGAAAGUGCACGAUCGAUCCAUCACCUGGGUUGAGUACCAUCCCGUUGAGGCCGGUGAGCUUGUCACCUCUGGUGCCGACGGACUCGUGAAGGUCUGGCGACACCCGACAGCCCCUUAGUGAGCUCGGCGACGCUCUGCCUUAUAUUGGAACGGCAGGUGUAAGAUGCAGCAGCUUGAGAGGGAAGACGAUGUGCUUCGUGCGCCCACAUGUAUACAAUGAUUAGCGUCCAUAUCCUAGCAGGUGUACAACAGUAAUCAAACACACGAUAGUCCAAACAAGAGCAAGUAUGCUA